CCUUGCAUCAACGGUUUUUAAACAAAGAAAAAUUUAACAACACUGGGAUCAAUUGCUUAAAAUUGACCCCUUCUCUCUUUCAAAUUUUAUUACUAAUCCAUUUAUUAUUAUGUAGUUUGUUACGUAACCGGACAAAACUUCGUUUUCCCCCUAAACGAAUUUCCCGAAUUCUAGUAGUGUAUAUAAUACAUAAGUCGUUGCAUCGCGGAGCGGAGCGAAGCUGCUGCCCGGUUUGAUUAUCGUAUAUCCUGAUAGCAUUCCUUCGUCAUGUUGGAGUGGGCAUACAGUGGCGUAAAUGCUUCUGUGCCUCGCAACGUUGGACCUGAAUGUGCAGAAUAUUUAACGUCAUCGCGACGAGUUGUAGAAACUAUAGCAGCUACAAUUUUAGUCGCAGUCACUGUGAUUUGGGGUUUGAAGCGAAUAACUCUACCCAAACCUUCACCAUAUGUGAAUCAAGACAGAGUUGGCAAACGAGUAUUACUGAUAUUCAUGUCGCUAAUCCUUGGAAUGGAGAUUGGCUUCAAGUUUUCCAGCAGAACUGUGAUUUAUUUAUUGAAUCCUUGCCACGUAACAACGGUGAUGCAGUUGUACUUGUUGGCUGCUGAACCUAGUCAAACUGUUACUGCUAUUUUUCGAAUACAUUUAAAUCUAUUGAAUGGACCACUUUUAGCCUAUUUAUUCCCAGAAACUGCAUCUAGACAAAUAUUUGUGGAUAAGGCUAUAUACUAUAUCCAACAUGGUUUGAUGGUUGUAAUUCCAUAUUACUUACUACGGCUUGGAGGAUCAUAUAAUGUUGAGCCGUUGUCCGAUUUGAGUUGGUCAGUCCUGAGCUAUGGCUUAAAUCUAGCUUACCAUUUUUGGAUCCUGCAGGCAUUUGCAUUGCCUGCCCAAGUGAAUUUGAAUCAUAUGUUGUGCCCAGCUGUUUUGGAUCCGUUUGAAGGUCAAAAUUAUCGAGUUUGGGCAACGAUUCAUCAGUUUCUACUCUGCCCUAUACUUUGUAAAUUAUUUUGUUUUGUAUCUAAUUUUUUACUCACACAGUUUCCUGUUACUAAAGUUAAGAAGUCACUCGAGUUUCCAAUACAGCGUUCAGUUCUCAGUGAUGAUUGUCUGUAUAAACCAAAAGCUAGUGACUCUUCUCUCCAAAUUGGCCGUGAAAAUGGUCAUACACACGUAGAUUAAACUCAACUCACAUUUUUCGAAUAAGUUUUGAUUAGGUGCAUUGCAAUAAUGUUACGUGGAUCGUAACAUUUAUUUAUAUCGCUUAGCGACAUGUCACAGAUAUACCGUACAAAAGUAUCAAGACUAUCUGGGCAAUGAUUAAUUCUGCACAUACCCCAUUUUAGUUUAUGCAAUGAACUCAUUAUGAAGAACCUUUGAUCUUAAUUAUAACAUAGAUCUGUAACUCAAUGAUAAUUUUACUAUUGAAAACAAAAUAUUCGUAUUAUGAUCUGAUAAUUUUAGAUCUGUUUGCUGGUAUUUAUUUCUGAAAACAAUCAAUUAAAAUAGCAAAUCAUUGUGCUUCAUAAUUUGUUUUGUUUGGAAUACCUGUCAUACUACUGAUUUUAUUUGAUCCUUGUAAUUGCUAGAAAUCUCUUGAAACUUACGAGUUGUGUUUGACGAAAUAAAGAUUGAAUCAUCCACACUAGCACAUAACACUGUGUGAUAUUUUUACAAAAAUGAAGCAUUCAUUCAUUUAUUAUUUAUACGCAUUCAUAAAGCAUAAAGAUAUUGAUUUUUUAAUUGUUGUUCUCUUGUGCAAUUCGAAAUACUACAGCAAUAAUUAAAAAAUACAAAGUAGAUAAGUACAGAUUAUUGAUUCAGUGGAAAAUGUAUCAUAUCCAACAGAAGUCGUAUCUGUUUUUCAAAAUGAAUAUAAAGUACUAUACUAAGCGAAUUCAGUUGAUUUGGAAGCUUCUACCUAGUACAACAAAUUACUUUUAUUGCUGUACAAUGAAUGUUACAACAAAUAUUGAUUGUAAAUUUCACAUUAUAAGUAAUAUUUGAGAUUAUUACAGACUGUAUUCUCAUGGUUACUGGGCAUUGAGUUUUCAUAUAAUCUGAAGCUAUAAUUAUUGUACAAAGCUGUGAUCAAUCCAAGCCUAUAUUUCUUGAAAUUUUUGCUUGAAUAUAACAUUAAUGGAAAGAUAGAACUAAUCAUGAAUUACAAAAUAAGUUUCAUUUUGAUCUACUGCGUGUGUCGUAUCUUUAGUUCUUGCAAAGUGCAUUAUGCUAAAGCAUGCAAGAUGUACCAAAUGCCGAUUUAGAAGCCUAGUUAUCAAAAGCCAAAGAUAAGUUGAUCUUCAAUAAAUCUGAUGUUAGACAAGUAUCUUGCCACAUAUAGGCUUGGAUAACGAAAUCGGAUAAUUCCUUUAGAAUAGGGUAUUCCUACUAGAAGUAUAAAUAGGGAUAAAUACAUUCAGAACUCUAACUAGUAAGAAUUUAAAUCCUUACUACUACUUCAUAUUCAAAAUAAUGUAUUAAAUGUAAAUUACAUAAACAAGGAUGUAUAAGUUAUUGAUUUUAGGUAAAGUUCAAACGAAAUUAGUAGCUUAUUACUAGUCACUAUUCUCCUAGUCUGUGAUUAGCCAGCGUUGAAUAUCGCUGGAUUAAUUUUCAAUUUGACAUUUUAUAGAUUGGCAUCAUUUCACAAACCCUCCUAGCACCGUAUUUGGGGGUGAAUGGAAAUUAAUGGACAUGGUUAUUUAAAAAAAAAAAUUAGGAAACUCUGCCACAUAUUAGUACGUUACGAUUCAAGUGCGCGAAGUAUGAGAUUCUUGCACUACUGUAGUUUGUCGGCCGAGCGAAGUGCGCAUGCGUUUCGUAUUCUAUUUUUUGUAACACCUGUAAUGGGAAUUGCCCCCAACCCCACCAACCCCGCCACCACCACCACCACUACCACCAUUACCUCCUCACCGAAGAGGCUGCGCGAGGUAGCUAAUUCCCCAACAAUUUCUAAACUGUUAGGUAAUGCCGUACAAUUGUUAGGUAAUGAAUAUUACCUAACAGAAAACUAUAUCAUAAUGAACAUCCCCAAAUAGUUUUCAAUUCUAGCUAACGGUUUUUAAAGUGUAGGGGAAUCGGGCGCUUUGCGCGUACUUUUUGGUAUGCGAAGUUGAACUUCUCAUGCAGGUGUUACAAAAAGAUAUAUUCCUAUACUAUGGAAAAUUAAUAUAGAUGAAUACUUUACCCAAUUAGUCAGCAAACUGCUGAUUAUAUUAAUUAUUUCUUAUUUAAAACAUACGCGUUAAGAAUUAUGAAUUCGUCUGUUGCUGCAGAAGUUGAAUAUUUGUAAAAUACAUUUUCACAUUCAUUUCAAAUUUAAUAUGACUAUCAAUCACAAAGUGGGCACAAUUCUGCCCUGAUAUUUAUUACCGAUUCUUCAAGUUUUCCUUCUCGUUACAAUUCACGCUUGGCUACAGUUCCUUCAAUCUAAGCCUGUAGAAUAGUUGAAACAAUAUUCAUCCGUGUAGAUAUUGCAGAAAGUAUAAAAUGAUGUAGUUACACAUGAUUGUAUCCCCUUUAAUAUUUCCAAAAAUGCUACACCGAUUUUCCAACUGUAGAUGGUGGAGGAUUUCGAUCUCAAUUUAAUCCAAAUAGAGGGCUGUAACAAAGAUUAUCAAAAAUACACACGAAAAAAUAACAAGUACUUGCGGAAUAUCUUUUACCGAUCCCAACUCUUGAUGUAGUUGCCACCAAAUAUACAUAUUACCUAUUUUUGAUAAUUGUGAUACCGCGUAUUAGGUAUGUAGGAUAGUGUUACAUGCAUGGAAAGCUGAAUUCAUUUUUUUCAUUUCAAGAUAAAAUGAUUUAUUUACAAAUAUGAUCAUACAUUCGCUUAAAAUUUUUUUUUUUGUAUUUCAUUUUUCAAAUAUAUUUCACAAAAUACCCUGAUGAGUAGCAGUUACCAAUGGGCCGUCAUACUUUCAAUGAGUAAAAAGUGAAAAGCCAAAAUUGAAACUUUUGCGCAGAAUUAUGGCAAAAAAAAAAAACUUAUCUAAAAAUUUUGUUAAAAAAUUAUUACAAGAUUGCAGUGCUAGAAGGACUAGGAAAAAUAACAACUUACCAGGCAUCAUAUAAAUCUUAAAUUAU